AAAGUCCGUGGUAUCUGUUAUGUAUUCGGAUUGCAAGUAAUCUCAUUUGCGUAUCGUGAUUAAACCGUGAAAAAUUUGCACAAAUUAGUGCAAAUUCUUGCUCGAAGUUCGGCCUAAUUUGCAUCACAACCUCCGUUAAACUAUGCUUCCCAAUGGUGUAAUUAAAGCGGUGCUUUGAACGCUCCUUGAAAGGCAAAAUACGUCUCUUUUUUCCACGUUUUUAUUUUCAGUACAGCCACGGUACAGUAAGAAUCUAAUUGGUCAACGAAAUGCCCAAUAUUGUCCAGCGGCUGCUGGUGCAGCGUAAUCAUCUGUUUGCGCUAGCCGCCGGUCAUCGAUGUUUGCACCAGACAACGCUAAAACGGCAGUCUUCCGGGCCCCCCAAGCUGUCACCUUACGAUGUCAAUUGCAUCCUCCGUGCGAAUGAAUACACUCAGGAAUUUGUGGGGAGUUCGGUUAAAAGUUACGACACGAACCAGCUGGCCUCGAACUCACCGAUCGAGGAUUCUCGCAGUGAGGGAAGCUGCGUGCACACGUCCGGUCUGCUGGUGGGGAUCUUUGAUGGUCACGCUGGUGCGGCAUGCUCCCAAGUCAUCAGCAAGCGAUUGAUGCGUUACAUCGCCGCCUCACUGGUUCCGCCUGACGAUCUAAAGCAGCACCUUUCUAACGGGGCCCAAAGCCAAUCUUUCAUUAACUGCCAUAACGAUAAGCUUGAAUUCGUCAGCGAAAUCAAGGACAUCUAUGAACGUAAUUUCAUUACGUUUGCUAACGAGCUUACCAAUUCCACACUGGCUGGUUUUCAAAUGCACCAGGUUUUGGAAAAUGCCUUUCUCCGUUUAGAUCAGGAUCUGUCCCGGGAAGCUAUAGAGAAUCCCAGUUUACGAACAAUGUCUGUUGCCAUGAGUGGUGCUGUGGCUGUGGUGGCACACAUUGAUGGACCGCAUCUACAUAUAGCCUCCGUGGGGGAUUGUUCUGCUGUCCUUGGAACCGUCACCGAUACAGGUCAGUGGAUUGCCAAAAAAUUAACCAACGAACACAACAGCGAUAACGUCGGAGAGGUUCGACGGUUACUCAAUGAACAUCCUGCCACAGAACGGGAUACCGUUAUUCGGGGAGAACGACUGCUCGGUCAAUUAGCCCCUCUUCGUGCCAUCGGUGAUUUUCGGUACAAGUGGACCCGGCAACAACUACAGGAACUUGUUGUGCCUCAGUUUGGUGAACAGGUAAUAGCUCCGUUUUAUCUCACCCCGCCUUACUUGUCGUCCUGUCCGGAAAUCACCCAUCACAUCUUAACACCUCGGGAUAAAUUUUUGAUUCUCGCCAGCGAUGGCCUUUGGGAUACGAUGAGUCCAAUGCAAACCGUCCACCUAGUGGGUGAGCACAUGUACGGCAAAGCUUUCCUGCAGCCACUCAAACUGCCCAAGCACGAUGUCACGUUCCGAGAGAUCAGUCAAAUGCUCAGUACACGCAAAGCAGGUCUCCAGAAGAAACCACUCGAUCGAAAUGCGGCAACUCAUCUGAUUCGAAACGCCCUGGGCGGAACCGAGUACGGUGUGGAACAUUCGAAGCUGUCGCACAUGCUUUCGCUACCUCAGGACAUUGUUCGGUUGUUCCGAGACGACAUCACUAUAACCGUGGUGUACUUCGAUUCGGAAUACCUACGCAAUUGCCCCACCUAGCAGCGGAGGUCGCUUCCACUGCCACAGACUACGAACCUCGCCUCGAGAUCGACAGUCGGUGCCACGGGAUGACACUAAUUGGCAUUCAUUCGGAAGGAGCCGUUGUACUUUAACCAAGGUCGCUGAAGGGUCUGUUGCAAUAGAACAACAGGACACCUGGUUCUCAUCUGUCGUGGAUUAUUGUGUAUUCAUAGUGUUAUAGGAAGCGUGUGUAUAUAAACCUGAUUUUUUUUAGAAACUUUUUCGUGUUAUUUUCGCUCAAUAUUGAUAUCCACAUUUAACAAGCAGUUAAAGACGAUGAAGAAUGAAAAUCGCUGUAUGGUUUAUUCCAUGAAGUCAACAGCACUAUUUUUUUGUAAUUUCAAAAAGUCGUACGAGCCAGAUAAGGUUUGUAGUACAGGUCGGACUCGAUUAUGCAAAGUUUUCAAAAAUAUUUUACUUCACAUAGUCGAAAUCUUCGGAUAAUCGAGCCGUUCGUUAUUUUUAUAUUUUUUUUUUAUUUUCUCUUCAAGACCAGUUAGUUUGCUUAUAAAGAUUUAUUGUGCUUGUAUUGUGUCGAAAUAAAAAUUUAAUGAUAAUCUGA